AUAUACAGUCCAUCAAUUAUUGAGAAUUUGGUUUGACUGUUCAAACAAAACAAACAAUUGUUCUUGCUGCAGCAAGUUAAUUUGGGGAUUAUAUGCAAAACCAUUUAGCAUCAAGAUGGAGAUUUCUAACACAUUAGCAUUCCUUCUCCUUCUUUCACUAUUCCUUUUUUCUUCAUGUAUUGCUUCAGUAAAAAGUAGUCGUGAUGAUUUUCUUGAAUGCCUUUCUCAUCAAAUAAAGAACUCAAGCUCAAUAUCCCAAUUCAUUUACACCCUGGAGAACUCAUCAUAUUCUACCAUUUUGAAAUCCUACGAAGGAAAUCCAAGGAUAUCGUUAGAUGUCAAACCAUUCGUCAUUUUCACUCCUUUUGAUGAAUCUCAGAUCCAAAUAGUUGUACAUUGCUCAAAGAUACAUGCCUUACAGAUCAGAAUACGCAGUGGUGGACACGACUAUGAAGGCCUUUCGUUCGUUUCUGACACUCCUUUUGUCAUCGUUGAUCUUCGAAACCUAAGAAAAAUCUCCAUUGACACAAUAAACAAGACUGCUUGGAUCCAAGCUGGUGCGAACCUAGGAGAACUUUACCAUAGCAUUGCAACGAAAAGUAGGACUCUGUCUUUUGUCGCGGGGUCCUGCCCUACAGUUGGUGUUGGAGGACACUUUAGUGGCGGAGGCUAUAGCAUGAUGUCUCGAAAGUAUGGCAUAGCUGCUGAUUACAUCAUUGAUGCUAAAAUAAUUGAUGUAAAAGGAAGAAUUUUAGAUCGAAAUUCCAUGGGAGAAGACCUAUUUUGGGCUAUUCGAGGAGGUGGAGGAACUAGCUUUGGUAUCAUUGUCUCGUGGAAGGUGAAGCUACUUGAUGUUCCUGACAAGGUGACUGCUUUCAAUGUAACACUAUCUCUAGAACAAAAUGCAACUCAACUAAUCUACAAAUGGCAACAUAUUGCUCACAAGGUUGAUAACAAUCUUCUCAUUAGAAUCUUCAUAACAACAUAUGGGAAGAGCUUUUUUCAAGUCUCCUUUACAGCGAUGUUUGUCGGACAAAUCAAAGAACUCCUUCACGAAAUGAGAAAGAUUUUCCCUGAAUUAGGGGUGUCAAAAGAAGAUUGUGUUGAGAUGAGUUGGAUAGAAUCUAUUCUCUUCUUUGCUCAUUUCCCAGGAAGUGAGUCACCUGAUGUUUUACUAAACAGGACUGCCAAUACUGAUCCAUUAUCUUAUAGUAAAUCAAAGUCAGAUUAUGUCCAGCAGGUUAUCUCCAUGAAUGGUCUAAAAAGUAUAUGGAAACUAAUUCAAGAGGAAGAAACUACGGUUCAACUGCAAUUCAGCCCUUGGGGAGGAAAGUUUAACGAUUACUCAGAAUCCGAAACUCCCUUCCCCCAUAGAGCUGGGAACAUAUUCAUGAUCCACUAUCAGGUGAUUUGGGAAGAAUUGGCAAGUUCUCAGAGAUAUAUAGCUUGGACUCAGAAACUUUACCGAUACAUGUCUAGGUAUGUUUCUAAGUCUCCAAGAGCGGCAUAUAUCAACUAUAGGGAUCUUGAUUUGGGAGUGAACAACAAAGGGAUUACAAACUAUGCACAAGCAAGCAUUUGGGGAAUGAAAUACUUCAAGAACAACUUCAAAAGAUUGGUACAAGUAAAGACCAAAGUUGAUCCAGCAAAUUUCUUCAGGAAUGAACAAAGUAUUCCUCCUUUAUCUAGAGAGAAGCUUAGCGCGAUAAUAUUCAAGCCUACAACAAAUGUUUUCUAAAUAUUUUGCCUAGAUAUUUAUUACAACUAGUUACCAGAGAAGUAUGUAUUAGUAUUUAUGAAAUAAAUGAAAAUAUCCCUAACUUAUGAUUCAACCAAAGGGCGUAAAAUUUAUCCGACUCCAUA